CUGAGUUUACAGGUUACUAAAUGUAUUCCAAGUGUCCGUCUUUGUUUUACUGGGCCCGCGUCCAUAACCGCUUAAAAUUCGCUUGGAGAUGGCGGAUGAGGCGGAACUCCUGGAUUAUGAGGAAGAAGAGCAGGAGACAGUACAAGAAGUGAGGCCUAAUGGCGAAGCACCAGUUAAGAAAGGUGUCAAAGGGGCUUAUGUUACUAUACACAGCUCCGGAUUUCGUGAUUUCAUCCUCAAACCGGAACUUCUACGCGCCAUAGUGGAUUGUGGUUUCGAGCACCCCUCCGAGGUCCAGCAUGAAUGUAUUCCCCAGGCAAUCCUCAGUAUGGAUGUACUGUGUCAGGCAAAGUCUGGCAUGGGGAAGACUGCUGUGUUCGUUAUCGCUACCUUGCAACAGCUUGAUCCAGAGGAGGACACAAACACCAGUGUCCUAGUCCUUUGUCACACAAGAGAGUUGGCGUAUCAAAUUAGCAAAGAGUACGAAAGGUUCUCCAAGUACAUGCCAAAAAUAAAGGUUGCCGUUUUUUUCGGUGGGCUUCCAAUCCGCCGAGACUUGGAAACACUCGCCAAGUCGCCCGUGCAUAUCGUCGUCGGCACUCCCGGACGCAUCCUGGAUCUCAUGCGCAAUGGGGCCCUAAAGCUGCAACAUGUGAAGCAUUUUAUCAUCGAUGAAUGUGAUAAGAUGCUGGAUACGCUCGAAAUGCGGCGAGACGUUCAAGAAAUAUUUCGCAUGACUCCUCACCAAAAACAAGUGAUGAUGUUCAGUGCAACCAUGAGCAAAGAAAUCCGUCCGGUCUGCCGAAACUUUAUGCAAGAUCCCCUGGAGAUUUUCAUCGAGAAUGAUUCGAAGCUUACUCUACACGGUCUCCGCCAGCACUACGUCAAAGUUAAAGAGAAUGAGAAAAAUCGAAAACUCUUUGAACUUCUUGAUGAGCUGCAGUUCAAUCAGGUCAUCAUUUUCGUCAAAUCUGUCCAACGAUGUAUGGCUCUCGCCCAACUCUUGGUGGAUCAAAACUUCCCCGCAAUCGCAAUGCACCGUGCAAUGACGCAAGAAGAACGCCUGGAACGGUACCAGGCGUUCAAGAACUUUCAGAAGCGCCUGUUGGUCGCUACCAAUUUAUUUGGUCGUGGCAUGGAUAUAGAACGAGUGAACAUAGUCUUCAACUACGAUAUGCCUGAGAAUUCCGACACCUAUCUUCACCGAGUUGCCCGAGCCGGUCGCUUCGGCACCAAGGGGCUGGCAAUUACUUUCAUCUCGGAUGAAAUGGAUGCGAAAAUAUUGAACGAAGUUCAGAACCGUUUUGAAGUUAAUAUCAGUGAGCUUCCAGACGUCAUGGAGAUCUCCAGCUAUAUGGAGGACCGCUAAAUGUUAUAUGUUUUACCCCUCUUUCCUCCUUGCCAAAAUAUUUCGUGCUUUGUACAA